GCAACAACCUUAAAUGCAAACACCCAGCCCCCACAGCAGCCAAAGUAAAAAAAAAACUAGAAUAAGCCAUCAUCUCCUUCUCAGAUUUCCACUUCUUAAUGCAACCUCGCCGCCGCUCAAUGAUUCAAUCAUCAGGCGAGAGGGCAGCAAUGAGCAGGGAACCGCGCCCGCCAUGCGCGGGCUGCAAGUUCCUGCGCAGAAAAUGCCAGCCCAACUGCAUCUUCGCCCCUCACUUCCCCUCCAACCAACCCCACAAAUUCGCCGACGUGCACCGAGUCUUCGGAGCCAGCAACAUCGCCAAACUCCUCAACGAUUUGCCUCCCAACUUGCGCGAUGACGCGGUGCUAUCCCUCGUCUACGAAGCCCAGAUGCGGCUCCACGAUCCCGUCUUCGGCUGCGUGGGCAUCAUACUCGUGCUGGAGGAUCAACUGCAGAGGCUCAAGUCCGAUCUGUCACGCGCGUGGGGGGAGCUGAUGGGGUUGGAGAUGGCUGCGGGGAUGCAGGAGCAGCAAAGGAUGAUGAUGAUGAUGAUGAUGAUGGCGGCGAGUGGCAGCGGGGCGGUUGAUGAUUCCGGUUUAGUGACCGGUGGUUCGUUUGGUGGGCAUCGCUGGUGA